CCCCGCCUUCGGCUCAGGGCCAGUUUGCGAUCGAUACGCUCCCCCGACCGCAAGCCAGAACAGGUCAUGGCUUCCCGCUCCGGGGCCCUCCCCGCGGCCGACGUGGCGGCCCUGUGCCUCCUGGCGCUGCGCGUCCUGGUCGCCCCCGCCCCCGGCCAGGCCUUCGCCCCGCUGGAGGCCGGCGCCUCGCAGUCGGUGCACCGCCGCUGCCGGCCGCUCGGCGGCCGCGGCACCGCGCUCGCCUCCGGCCAGGCCCCCGCCGUGGUGAGCGGCGUCCCGGCUCGCCCGGGCGUCGCGGCGCACUUCAAGGUGACUCUGGAGACCCCGGACGGCACCCAGGAGUUCGAGUGCCCCGAGGACGUGUACAUCCUGGAUCAGGCGGAGGAGGAGGGCCUGGAGCUCCCCUACUCGUGCCGUGCGGGCUCCUGCUCCAGCUGCGCGGGCAAGGUGCUCUCCGGGGAGAUCGACCAGUCGGACCAGGCGUUCCUCGACGAGGACCAGACGGGAGAGGGUUUCUGCCUCACGUGCGUGACUUACGCCACCUCGGACGUGACCAUCAAGACGCACUGCGAGGACGACUUGUGA